AUGACCCCUGUGCGCCGUUGCGUGGUUUGCGCGCGAUGGCGGACGGCUAUUCCCCAGCAGCUGAUGGGCAGCCUUCCACGGGAAAGAGUGACCGCGGGAAGGCCUUUCCUCGACACCGGCGUUGACUACGCCGGCUCAAUUCAGCUGCGAACAACCAAAGGACGAGGCCAGCGGGCCUACAAAGGAUUCAUUGCGGUCUUCGUCUGCCUGCCUACCCGUGCCGUGCACCUAGAAGCGGUGUCCGACUACACUGCCGACGCUUUUCUGGCGGCCUUGCGUCGAUUCGUGUCGCGCCGUGGUCUCUGUCGAACCCUCCGUAGCGAUUGCGGAACCAACUUUGUCGCCGCCGACGCGCAAUUGCGGAGUUUCUUUGCCCCUGGUAGCCCUGAGUUGCAUCGGAUCGUCGGACAGCUUGCCAGCGAUCGUAUUCAGUGGCAGUUCAAUCCUCCGUCGGCGCCUCAUUUUGGCGGAAUUUGGGAGGCCGCCGUAAAGUCCUUGAAGCACCACCUGCGGCGAGUGUUGGGUAACGCGACCCUAACGUUCGAGGAAAUGAGCACCCUCCUCGCCCAGGUGGAAGCCUGUUUGAAUUCGCGACCGCUCCAGGCGUUGUCCGACGAUCCUGAUGACAUUGCCGCCCUCACUCCAGGUCAUUUCCUGGUGGGAUCUCCGCUGACGGCCGUGCCUGAGCCUUCGUUGCUGGAGUUGCCCGCGAAUCGCUUGACUCGUUGGCAGCUUCUGCAGCAAAUGCGGGACCAUUUCUAG